AUGGCCGGCAAUCUAUUUGAGGCACCAUAUGACUCUUCUUUUGGGGCCUCUCAAGGCCCAGGUGACCGCUCGCUUGCUACAGGGGGGUCACUCUUUGGCUUGAACAACCAUGCUUCCUUGAUGGGUUCUAUCGCUUCCGGCUUCGAUGAACCCGGAACUGGUGGGGAUGACGCAUUUUCAUGUUGUUUGUUCAGCCUUGGCGGCCCAGGUAGGAACAACCCCAGCGAAGGACGCACGUUGCAGGGGUACAGAGGACCACGCAAUAGAUCGGCAUCACCACGUGCAAGACCUGGCCACAGUUGCAGCACGCGUGAAGAUCCGUGCGGGUCUUUCAAAUCUCAGUCUAGUCAAGGGGGGCCUCAUGGAAGCUCCAACAAUCAUGAUGGCCGGCAUGAUUCAACCAGUACUCCACCUGAUCCUGGACUAUACACGUACCCACUCACCAGGCAAACCCUCCAGACCUUUGAUGCCAUGUGCAAAAAGGCUGGCUUAGACACUGCAGGUCAUGAUAUUGCCCUGAUCCACGCUGAGGUUUUUGGCAACAACAACCGUCACUUGGGACAAGCGAUCAUGCAAGCUUGGAUCAUGAUGGAGGUGUCCAAAUUACGUGAAGAAGUUGCAAAUGUCACUGUGCAAGUCACCAAUGUGACUGAGCAAGUCACGAAAGUGACCGAGCAACUUUCUACGCUGACCAAUGUUGUUGAGGCCAUGGUGUUGAAUCCUACUCCUGCUCCUGCCGCUGCUAGUCCUCAACUCCUAGACGUCCUGAACCCGCUGGCCCUGAGACUUAUAAACUCUGCACAGUUGAGUGCGUACACUGCGGUGAAGAACAAGCGUGAGGGGAUUCUCCCACAUUCUUUGGUCAACAUCAUCAAGCUCACGGUGGCCCAGGAAGGGCCCGCCUUCGCUUUGAGGAACCUUCCUGCUGUUCAUCAAGAAGUGGAAGAGGCUUCUGCAGCCAAGAGAAAAAGUCCACAUUGUGGAGGUCGACAAACCGGUGCCCCAUAUCAAGUCAAUGGUCCAAAAAGUGGCUCAAAGAUGUGGUGUCGUUGGUGCCAACGCUAA